UAAAUACAAUUGUUUAUUAAACAUUUUUUGAAGACGAUUUUUAAGAAAAAUCUUUAAUAUUGUUAAAAAAAAAAUUAUUUAUACAAAAUGUGGCAUUUUACAUUGUUAAUUUGUUAUUGUUUAUUAGUGGUGAUUAGUGCUGGGCCCUCAAAACGCUCUACAUUACUACUCGAUAACUCUGAUACUCAUACCGAAUUGGUAGAUCGUAAUAAUCGCGAACAUGUCUUGCAAAUCUUUAAUUUGACCGAAGCUCAAAUGAGCCGCAUUUCUGCCGGAAUUAAUGCCAACAACAAAGAGUCUGAGGCCGAUGGCAGGACCAUGCAAUAUUUUAAUAAUAUACGAGAAUUUCGCAUAAACGACAUUAGAAAUCGCAUAAGCAAUGCCAUACAAAAUGUCAAUUCCGAAGAGAAUCAGGAACAACAUCCUCUACAUGAAAUGGCAGCCUAUCCGAUUUGUAACUCGGAAGCCACCGAUUCUUCUUGGCUGCAAGACAAUAAUAUCACCAUACAAUUCUCUCAAACUCUAUUUGAGCAGAGAAAAGAUUUGAAUUUGGAUUCGGCCAUUUUGAGAUUGUAUAAACUUAAUCCCAAUAAUACCAAUGAUCAAAAAAAUAACAAUAACAAUCAAAAGAAAGAGUCCUCACAAAAUGCCGAUGAAGAAGGAGAAGGUGAAGAAACUACCAAGCUAAAGAGAUGUGCUGAACCAAAUAUGGAUGCUCAAAUACGUGUUACGGUUUCAAUUGUCCAGCAAAUGCGUCGUAACAAACGUGGUGUGUAUGAACGCAAGAAGCGUAUUUGCAACACUGUCAUGAUGAAUGUUUCGCAAACCGGUUGGGUGGAAAUUGACAUCAAACGUGCCAUUUAUAUUUGGGAAGAGACUGCCAAGCAAUUGCAACAAACACAACAAAAUCGUUCUCCUGUUCUUGUAGGCUGGCUAAUGAUUGAAGUUCAUGAUGAGGAAGAGCAGCCCUUGAAGCCAGGCUUGUUCUUUAAGCCACCAAAUUGCAACCAGGCAGAUAUUGCAAUCCCAUGGAAUUAUUACCGACCGGACACGUCUAUGCCUUCAUUUGCAACGCACGAAGUGCCAAGGUACCCAAGAAUAGAUGUCAAAAUGAUUGGUUACGCCUCAUUUGCGCCCAUCAAUCAGAAACACAGUAAGGACGAAGAAGGAAUGUAUGCUAAUCUUAGACGUCAAGUCUUUAAUAUGACCCAUGAAUUACACGAUGCCGAAUCGACCACAUAUUUAGCACCUACCGCUGACAAUCACUUGGAUCCCAAUGACAAUACAGCAUCAAUAAAUGAGGAAAAGGAAAUGCAGCAACAACUACACCGAGAACAUUUUCAACAUAAGAGACACUUGAAAUUACAACAGAUUAGAGAACAAAUCGAGGAACUGGAACAGCAAAAACAACAGGCAAAUGAAGAAGUUACAGAAGGCCAACACAAACAUAAACACGAUAGACAUAAUCAUCAUCAUCAUCAUCGUCGUCAUCAUCAUCAUGUCAGAGUUAAUGAUGAAGAUAAUGAUGCAGUGACAUCAACUCCAGAAACUACAAAUGAACAACAACAGCAACUUAAUGAUGUUAAACUCUUGCAACAUAUUGCUCAUAAAUUGCAACAGGAGCAAAGACAACUGCAUCUGUUGCAUCAACAGCAACAACAACUACAGAGAGCUGCAACAUUUAAUAUUUAAAAAAUUCUAUUUCAAUUUUAUAUGAAAAUAGAAAUUAUUCCAGACACAACAUAUCUCAGUAAGAUAAAUUUAGUCACUUUAGAUUAGAAAAGCACACAGACACUCUCACACACACAUACAUUUUACAUAUUGUAUUUUCAUUCCAUAAAAAAUCAUCCCAUUUACAUAUUCUUAAUCUGAUUUAUGUUUUAAAGGUAAUCUUGUAACUUGAUUGACGCCAUUUUUUAAUUAUUUCUUAUUCUAUACAGAUUUUUAUAAUAAUUUUAUAAAUUAUUAUGGAUUUUAGUUUAUUGUUUUGAAAUCAAAAUUCUUCAGUUAAAAUUUACGCAAAUGUUAAAGUUACAUUUGAUCGAUAUUGGAUGCAUCAAUUAUUCUUAUAUCCACCAUCAAAGAUGAAGAUCGAUCUGAAGUCUCUUUAUUGUGCUUACUAUCGGCACCAAACGAGAGGAGUUGGAUUGCACUUUGUUUGGUACUAAAAAAGAGCAAUAUAGGCCCUCGAUUACAUCGAGCCUAGGAAUUACGAUAAGUUCUAAAAGAACCAAAAACGUUCAACAACGUUUUUUUAAGAUCAGUCCAUAAUUGAUCUUAGCUUCCCAUAUAACCCGUCUUAUAGGAAAUGAGUUUAUCGUUCAAUUGUUAUAUUAAGAUAAAAUUCAACAAAAGUAUCUAAGAAGAGAGCUUGAACCCAUUACCUAUUACGGGCACGUUCAUAAUUGAUCUUAGCUCUCAAUAUAAACCGUCUUAUAGGGAAUGCGUUUAUGGUCCAAUAGUUGUAUUAAGAUAAGAUUCAACAAAAGAGCUUGAUCCAUUACUUACUACGGGCCCGUUUGACAAAGAUUUUUGAGAAUCGUUUUAUAAAUGAUCCUGGCUCCCAUAUAACCCUUCUAAUGCUAUAUAUACACGGUUGUUAGAUCUUAAAACGUUGGCAGUCAAAUGUGUAGAAAAUGUCCAAUAACAGUGUAAACUUACAAAUUUUGUCUUCCAAUAUUGUCAGUAAUGUCUUUUCUGACAAUGUUUCCAAAGGAAAAUUUGUAAGUUCAGGCGAUUGUUUCUAAACAUUUUACUGACAACAUUGUAAGAUCUGACAACCGUGUAUCACGGCUUUUUUUUAGAGAAUUUCAUAACAAAAGAGAUUUGAUUUGAAGAGAAUAAUCAUUUUGCAAUUUUGCUGAGCCUAAUCCAUUACUAACCCUGGGUCCCUAUUGAAGGGUCACAUCGAUAUGUAUAUGUUGAUAUAAUUUGGCAUUAUGUAGUAAAUAAGAAAAUAAUGGAAAUGGAAAAGUUUGAUCCAAAGUCAAUAACUCUCUCUAUAUAGCCGGCAUUUCAAAUACAAUUUAAAUUGGGAUCACAAGUUUUGAUGGUGGAUAUAUAGGAUUUGAUCUAGCCGAAUACAAAAAGAUUUUAAACAGAUUUUGAAAUUUUUUUCACAUGUAAAUGGUGUAGACAAUACAUAUCGCCCUUU